UACUCCAUCUCCUCUUCACCACUAUGGAACCCAUCGCACGUGACUCUAACCGUAUCGAUCCUGAAUGCACCCGCGUCAUCUGGCUCUGGUGAACAGUUUUUGGGCGUUGGGUCAACCUUCUUGGCAGACUUGCAUCCCGGGGACCUGGUGCAAAUGGUUGUUCGGCCGUCUGCUGCCGCGUUCUCCCUCCCUGCCGACCCGAGCGUGCCUAUGGUGUUAUUUUGUGCGGGAACAGGUGUUGCUCCUAUGCGAGGCUUCAUCCAAGAGCGCGCAAUUCAAGUCCAGUCGGGUCGUAAACUCGGACAUGAUGUGGGCAAGAUUCUUCUCUUCUUUGGAUGCCGAGAUCCUGGAAAGGAUUAUCUAUACUCGACGGAUCCAGAGUGGAAGAAGUGGGUCGAUAUGGGCGUGGUUGACGUCCGUCCUGCUUUCUCUCGGGCACCCGAAAAGAGCGAAGGGUGUCGAUAUGUUCAAGAUCGCAUCUUGAAGGAUGCAGAGGAUGUAGAUGCAAUGUAUAAGCAAAAAGCCAAGUUUUUCACCUGUGGAGGAUCGGCAGUCGCCGCUGGUAUACGAGAGGCUUGCAUCACUUUGAUAGCCAAGUCAACGCCGUCGCGAGAAGAGGCGAUAGAGGCAUUCAAACGUCUACAAAAGGAACGAUACGCCACAGACAUCUUUGGAUGA